AUGUCCAACGAUGUUCAGAUGAAUGAUGCAGGCGCUGAAAAGCGGGAUGACUGGGUAAAAAUCACCAGUUCAGACGGCUACUCCUUUCUCGUGAAGCGAAGUGUCGCUGCGAUCAGUGGCACCCUCAAAAACAUGCUUAGCGAGGAUAGUAGUUUCAGGGAGGCAAUUGCCAACACAUGUCCGAUCAGUGAACGCGCUGCGGUAGUCGAGAAGGUCUGUGAGUAUAUGUCCUUUAAGGCUUACUACGAGGGGCCUGGAUCCAAGGAGGGUGUUGAUGUGAAUGAAUUCACCGAGCGCAUACCGCCCGAGGUGGCGUUGGAAUUGCUCCUUGCGGCUGAUUAUUUAGAAGGUGUGCUUGAUUCUUGUGUAUAA